AUGCCUCGUUCAUCCGGCCGUCGUCCUGCUGCAAGAGCUGCCCCAAGAGCUGCUCCAGCUCAGUCUAGACCAGCCUCCACCAUGGCCGCUCCAGCUCACCAAGCCCCAGCCCACCAAGCUCCAGUUCAAUCCGCCCAACAGACCAGACAGCCAGGCAUGUUUGCCCAGAUGGCCUCUACUGCUGCUGGUGUUGCUGUUGGUUCCACCAUUGGUCACACUCUUGGUGCCGGAAUCACCUCGAUGUUUGGAGGUUCUUCUGCUCCUGCCGAGGCUGCCCCAGUCCAAUCCUAUGCUCAGGAAUCUGCCACCAAGGCCUGUGACGUUGAUGCCAGAAACUUCACCAGAUGUCUUGAGGACAACGAUGGAAACUUUCAGGUUUGCGACUACUACUUGCAGCAGUUGAAGGCAUGUCAGCAAGCCGCUUCCCAGUACUAG